AUGUCCGUUCCUCGUGCAAUCCGACAGGCAUUCCUUGCCGUUGAGCAAGCCGAAGGCGCAGGUGCCCGUGUGCGCCGCUCUAUUGGAACUGCCAAGCUCCGCAACUUCAGUCCCUUCCUCAUGCUCGACCACUUCACCAUCGGCAAGGGCGCCGGCUUCCCGGAUCACCCCCACCGCGGACAGGAGACCAUCACCUAUUUGUUGUCCGGCGGCGUUGACCACGAAGACUUCGCUGGUAACAAGGGAACCAUCGGACCCGGUGAUCUGCAGUUCAUGACUGCAGGCCGCGGCAUCAUGCACGCUGAAAUGCCCCACGAGAACGCAGACGGUAGCCCCAACGUUGGUAUGCAGUUGUGGGUCGAUCUGCCCCAAAAGCUGAAGUUCUGUGAGCCUCGUUACCGUGAUCUGCGCGCUUCGGAGAUUCCCCUUGCCACAGUCGAUGAGGGCCGCGUCAAGAUUAAGGUCAUCUCGGGUCAGUCACAUGGUGUUGACUCCGUGCGCGACUUGGCCUACACUCCUGUCUGGAUCUUGGAUAUCACUAUUAAGCCUGGUGGUCGUGUCUCACAGCCCCUGCCACAGGGAUGGAACUCAUUUGCCUACACUUUGGCUGGUGAGACUGUCUUUGGCUCGAAUGAUUCCACUCGCAUCGUGAAGGAAUUCACAAACGUUGAAUUCGAGCAGAAGGGCGAUUUUGUGGAACUAUCCGUCCCCGAUAAUGCCGAAAAGGAUGCUCGCAUUUUCCUUGUGGCUGGCCAGCCACUGGACCAAAAGGUUGUUCAGUAUGGACCAUUUGUGCUGAAUACCCAGGAGGAGGUUUACCAGGCGAUGCUCGACUACCAAACUGCGUCCAAUGGAUUUGAGAGGACCCGAGGCUGGCAGAGUGAGAUUGGCAAGCGAAUGGGAUAA